AUGGGUUUGGGGGGGGGGUUUUUGUUGGGGUAUAUUGGUGUUUGUUUUUUUUUAAUAGUAGGGUGUGGGGGGGUGGGGGUGUUGUGGGGUGUGUGUGUGUUGGUGGUGGAGGUUGGGGGGUUGGGAUGUAAGGGGUGGGAUAUUGUAUGGUGUUUUGGGGGGGGUGGGGUUUGUUUUGUGUUGGGGGGUUGGUUUUUUGGGAGGGGGUUAUUGGGGUGGGUUAGGAUAGUGGGUGUGGGUGUUGUGGGAAGGGUGAUGGGGUUUGGGUGGGGGGGUGUGGGAUUUGUUUGUGGGGGGGUAUAUGGUGUUUUUGUGGUUAUGGUUGGGGGUGUAUUAGAAUUUGAGGGAUGGGGUAUGUGGGAAGUUUGGGGGGUUGUUAUGUUGGAUGAGGGGUUUUUGGUUAUAUGGUUGGGAGUUGUGUGUUGGUUUGUUGGGUUGUUUUGUUUUGGUGGGUAUGGGAGGGUAUGGGUUUAUUGGUUUGUUUGGGGGGGUGGGGGUGAGUGGUUUGGUGAUGGAGUGGGGGGUGUUUUUUGUUUGUGGUGGGGGAUGUUGGGUAUUUUGUGGGAGUUGGUUAGUUGGUUUGGGUUUUUGUUGGGUUUGGGUGUUGUGGAGGGGUGUUGUUGUGGGUAUGGGGGGUGA